CUUUUAGCCGACUAUUUCUAAACACAUUCCUCUCUGACAUUCUUCUCUCACUCAUGACCAGAAGUCAGUAAACGCGAGCAUGAGUUCAAGCAGUUUGGUCGCCAAUGAAGGCGGUAUCCGCGAGAGAAUUCCUCAACCGGAAGAGCCGCCGAAAGCAACAUCAACCAAUGAUGCACAAAACACUGUCAAAUCGCUCAACGAAAAAGAAGUCGACAAGGACGAGAGCAAGAAGAGAACAUAUGGCAGAACACCAGAGGGUAAAGUAUUCGUGGUGCCGCAGACACAUGACAUGGUCUCACAACUCCUCUCCCCGACUCAACCGAAGAAUGUGUCCGACGUGGUUAUCCUGGCUGUGCUUGCAUGCCAUGUCGCCCUGCUCUACUUCCUUCCAGAUUCAGUUCGUGUCCCCAUCCUUGCCAUCGUCUUCCUCUUCUGGCGUGCCGCCUACAACGCCGGAAUUGGCUGGCUACUCAACAUACAGUCCAACCAUAAGCGCCUCACCACAUGGGCUCGCAAGUACAAUGUCUUUACAGACCCGACCUCCGGCAAGAACCCUCGUCCUUGGCUCUACAACCAACUGAAACGUGAAAUGGAAACCAAAAUCGCCAAGGAUUACAAGUUCGAGGAAGCUCCUCUCGAGUACAACACAUGGUUGGUUUUCAGAAGAGUUGUUGAUCUGAUUCUAAUGUCUGACUUUGUCGCCUAUUGCUGCUUUGCUAUCGCUUGCGGCGGCCGUCCUGAUGGUGAGAAUGUUGCAAUGACUAUUGCACGCUGGGCUUGUGGCUUGGCCCUCGUCGCUUUCAACCUCUGGGUCAAGCUCGAUGCUCAUAGAGUCGUUAAAGACUACGCCUGGUAUUGGGGUGACUUCUUCUACCUCAUCGAUCAAGAACUCACCUUCGACGGCGUCUUCGAGAUGGCUCCUCACCCCAUGUACUCUGUCGGUUAUGUCGGAUUUUACGGCAUCUCGUUGAUGGCCGCCAGCUACAAGGUGCUCUUCAUUUCCAUCAUCGCGCAUGCCGCUCAGUUUGCAUUUUUGACCAUUGUUGAAAACCCGCACAUCGAGAAAACAUACAAUCCGCCCAUGCCAAAGAAAAGAAGAGAAUCCGAGAGCGACAGAGAAACCCCCAAAAGCACCACACCCGAUUCUGGCCACAUCAAUGGAUACCCUCCCAUAGCGACAACCGAAAAACCCUCUACCGUCCACAACAUCCUCGGUCUUCACAACAUGGAUCUUCACCGUAUCACAGAUAUAUCUGUCUUGCUCAUGCAAUCUUACCUGUUUAGUGUCGCCUUUCUGACUCCUUCGACUGCUCUAUGGCAGAUCGUCUUUGUCGCCAAUGCGGUUGCUUGGCGCCUGUGGUACUCACUAGGCAUUGGCUAUAUCCUAGAUCGUCAGUCCAAUAAGAAGAAAUGGGCUCGCCACUUCGUCAAGUACGGCGAGAGUACCGAAGAAGCUUGGAGACAGUGGAAAGGUCUCUACCAUCUCAGUAUGAGCAUGUGCACCGCAAGUUUCCUCUGUGCAGCCUUGAAGAUGUACAACCUACCCCCUGACUGGACUUAUGGUCUUGCUUUGCUUCGCCAUGUACUCGGUACGGCUUUGAUCGCUCUGCAGAUCUGGACAAGCAUCAGCGUCUACGAGUCCCUCGGCGAGUUUGGCUGGUUCUUUGGUGAUUUCUUCUUCGACCACGCGUCCAAACUCACAUACGGCGGCAUUUACCGAUUCCUCAAUAACCCCGAGCGAGUUCUUGGACUGGCUGGUCUUUGGGGUGUGGCCUUGAUUACUUGGAGCAAAACAAUCUUUUUCCUCGCUCUGCUGAGCCAUCUCCUCACCUUGGUGUUCAUCCAAUUCGUCGAGCGCCCGCACAUGGAGAAGCUUUACGGUCAGUCCUUGCGUCAAGAUUCUGGGCUUUCCAAGAGUCUCAAGCGUUCUCUCCCUUCGCCUCUCAAGCAAUGGCAAGGCAGCGUCGACAGAGUACUCGAAGACUCUAUGGACUUCCUUGAAGAAUUCAUCGACUCGGCAAGACCCAAGCUUGCAGCCGGCAUGGACACAUUCGUCAGAGACACACGCACGCUCUUCAAAAACUACCCAGCACGCAUCAGCAUAACACGCCUUGCGCCUGACCUCGCUGGCUACGAUCCCAAGGACUACUCUAUCGAGAUUGAAGGCACACCAUCUUCUGGCACCUCUGAGUUCGAACGCUAUAGUGGGCGUGAAGGAGAGAUUGGCCAGGUCCCUCAGCAGCGCGUCGACGAGUACAAGACUUUGACAUUUGAGUACGGCGCCCCUAUCAAGGUCCGUUGGCAAGCACCGGUAAACCACCGCCAAAACGACUGGAUCGGACUGUAUAUGGUAGCAGACAACUCUUCGCGUGAUGUGACCCGCAUUGGUUCUCAAGGCCGCUGGACCGCCACUACGAAGGGCGUCUACGAUUCUCUAACCGCCGAAACCGGUAUCCUCGUCUCUUCGCACCACGUCACAAAGGAUGGCAAGCAAUAUGCUACUGGUGAAAUGGAGUUCUCUGGUGAUAAGCUGUGGUGGACCCACGGCGUCUUUGAGUUCCGCUAUCACCACGACGGCAAACACAAUGUCAUGGCCACCUCCCUACCUUUCGAGAUUCGCAUCGGAAGAUUUGAUGAAGACGACGUCCAGUUUGAUAAUAUUGCUCUGGCACGUUCGGCCGUUGAGCAGGCCCUACUCCCUGUGGUUCAGAACUGUUUCGAUCGCGACUCGGAGGUCGCACCGCGUACUGCUGAUGAUGUAUUUGGCGAUGGACUGGAAAGAGAAGGCAGAUAUGCCAGACGUGUCGUCUUUGCCAUUCACCAGAUGUUCGGUAUCGAAUUCGCACCAGAAGUCGUCUUGGCAGAUGGCAGUAUACAGAACCUAGCUUGGAGAAUUUGCAACGCUAAGAAAGUGCUUGCACCUUACAGCAUGACACCUAGCCGUGGCCGCUCGACUCCCGCGGAGUUCAAGGCUUGAUUCAUAAAAUCAGUUAAGAGGAAGAUCACACAUGUACAAUGUACAUAAUUCAGGACAAGUAGAAAUACGCUCGUUGGACAAGGUCAAAGAAAACACCGCAGUAAUGGUAAAUUGGAGUUUGGGAAGGAGCGAAAAAAAAAAAGAAAGGUCACGGACACGAUACGGCAAAAUUGGUGCUCUGGCUUGUGUGUUCAGAAUCACCAUUUACAUAUGUUAGGUUGCAAAUCAGAGAAUAUCACGUCUUGGAUAUUU